AUGGGAGUGACCACGGCGGUGACCAUGGGGGUGACCAUGGGGGUGACCAUGGGGGUGACCACGGGGGUGACCACAGCCACGGCCACGGUCAUGGUCAUGGUCAUGGUCAUGGUCAUGGUCAUGGCCACCGUCAUUGAGGUGGAGGUGUCCCCAAGGUGUCCCCAUGCCAUGUCCAGCUCCCUGCCCGCCCGCUGCAGCCUGGAGCGCGCUCUCCACACCCUGGUGGAUCUGUUCCACCAGCACAGCGCUCGCCGGGACCACCUGGACCGGCUCAGCCUCGCCGAGUUCGAAACGCUGCUGCGGGAACAGGCGCCGUCCUUCCUGAGCGUCUGCGACCGGAACCAACCCGGGUACCUGAAGCGCCUUUUCGAGGAGACGGACCUGAACCGGGACAAGGAGCUGACCUUCGAAGAGUUCGCCACCGUGCUGGCCAAACUGGCCGACGACGCGCACCGGGUGAGCCACGGCUCGGAGCGCUGCGGGCCGGACCGGGACUGA